AUGAAUCGGGCCCCGUCCGGCCAGCCUGAUAUGCUGGCUUUUCGCCAGGGAGAACAGGUCACAGUGUUGUACCAAGUCGCGCACCCUGGUCAUGCAGACUACCCUGGGGGUCUAUAUCUGGGAUGUUGUGCGUACUCGAUUGGAUUGUUCCAUGGAAGUGACAUGCGUGUCAUGCCUCCGCUCUAUUCUGUGGGACUCGUAGACGCACAGAUUCCGUUGAAAGAACGUGCGAAGGCCCCUACUACACCUGUACAAAGCAUCCAUCUUCCGCCAGGGUAUGUACUCACACGAACCAAGCCAUUUGAGGAGGCUCCUUCCGAGGCGCCAGCGCCGUCCACCUCUUCACAGACCUUGCCGCAGACUGUGCGCACCCCGCCUGUGAUGAGUAUGGAUCCUGAGGAGGACGAGAAAAUGUGGGGGGACAGUCGCGAUGGAGAGGACCCUACGUAUGCCAUCUAUGAUGCCUACUUUCAGCCCGUGGGAUACAAUGACAUGCCAUCGAACAAAGGAGAUCGGCCUGCAACCAAUCACAGUCAUGAAGCCCUGUUGCAAGCGUUGGAUGGCCUCGACACGGCUGAUGUGUCAGGGGUGGCCGACGACUCAAUGGUGCACCCACGUCCGAUUGACGAAGCUAUGAACCAGAUGACUGGCGAUGGAACGAAUCGGCUUUUGCGCGACUCGAUCUCGAUUCCCGAAACGCAGAUGUCGAGUACGACGCGAUCGACGUCCAAUGCGAGUGGGUACCAUGGUAAGUAUGUUCAGACGCCCGAGUUUGAUCGGAUGUACCACCGGCAGUCAACGCCGCAUCGAACGGGAGGCCGGCCCAUAAGCUCGGACAUGGGUCAUGUAAGCUCGCCCUUGCGCAGGCUGCAUACGCCAGAGAAGGCAAGUACACCGAUACGUUCGCUACCUAUGAUGGCCUCCUCCUCGUCCCUGCCGACGCCGCGGUCUGGAACGCCUCAGGAUGGGACGCUUCCCACGCCGGCGCCAAGCGUGCAUGGUUCACCUAUUGGGAAGCCGACGUUGGACACGUCGGAGAACGCUUUGUCAGAGCGAGCGCAGCUUUUCCAGCAAUGGACAACGCUCCUGACAGAUCGAUCCAAAGCCAGUCGGACGCACAAGAAAGCGUUGCAGCUGGUCCAUGUGGGUGUGCCGCAUGCGCUGCGUGGGCGUAUAUGGAUGUUGAUGGCCGGCAAGAGGAUGCAUCCCAAAGAAGGCGUAUUUCAAAAAAUGUGCCAAGCGUGUGAGGAGUCGCUGCAGGAUCCGACCAAGUACCCCUUCUCGAUGCUGAUUGAGCAGGACCUGGACCAGUGCUUCCCCAAGACGCAACCGUUUGAGGGCUUGAACGGCUCAACACGUGAUGAUAUCCGGCUGAUUUUGUACGCCUAUGCUUAUUACCACCCUGACAUCGGGUACACAGAGGGCAUGUGCCUGGUGGUAGGUAUUUUGCUGACACACUUGGAGCGUGAAAAUGCGUUUUGGCUCCUGGAUACCUUUGUGCGCGAGUAUGGGAUGGAUCGCGUGUACGCAGGCCACAUGCAGCGACUGCAUAUCGACAACUUUGUGGUCGACGAAAUCCUGCGCUUGGUCCGCCCGGCCCUCCACCAUCGCCUGAAAGACUUGCACAUCGAGCCUAUUCUGUUUAUGCCAGGCUGGAUCUUGCCGCUGUUUGUUCGGACGCUGCCAUGGACCACUCUCCUCCGCGUAUGGGAUAUGUUCUUAUGCUACGGACAUCCCUUCUUGAUCCGUGUCGUUGUAGCGAUCGUGUGCCUCAGUGAGGAGUCGCUUAUGCAGCUCACUGACCCGAACGAUCGGUCUGCGGCAUUGCGGCAGCUUGUGUUUGUCAACCCUGCGCCGCUAAAUGAGCAGCAGCUUCUACGCCAGGCCUUGGAACUGCCGAUCACAGACAAGGAGAUUCUCAAGAUGGAAAUCUCAGCUGAAGGCUUAGUGAACCCCGCCGCGCGACCCUCGACGGCGCUGGAUCGCAACGAGAACGUGUUGCGGGGACAAUUGCAAGGGAAACCUGUAACGAAAAAGACACUUCGUUUGCUUACAGGUCGCAAGAAACGCAAAUAA